AUGGCAAUGGCAAUGGCAACAAGAGACCGCCUUAGACUUUGGAAAACGCUCGGGCCCAGGAACCAGGGGCUAGAUGCUUCCACCAAGGUCUUCGAAGCGACCACGGAUCAGAUGCUUGAUCAAGUCGUCGAACUGCGCGUCCACAGAGACCGCGACGCCUUCAUCGAGUCGAUUGCCGAGGCUGACGUCUGCCGCCUGGCCUCGUCAUUCCAUGACAACGAGCCGUGUGCGGUAUUCAAGCCGGUAGCUAGGGGUAGCUACAAUGUCUGCUUUUUCGUCCACUUUAGCCAUAGUGGUGAUUCCUGGGUCAUCCGCGUCCCCAUAACGCCAUGUUUGGCCCGUGGUGUGGGAGAGAAGCUACGGCGAGAAGUGGUUACGAUGCAGUAUGUCUCUGAGAGGACGAGCAUCCCGAUCCCUCGAGUCAUAGCCUACAGCUUCGAUAGCGGCUCGCAUGUCCUCCCACCCUUUAUAAUCCUCGAAUACAUAGAAGGGCGAUUGCUCUCAGGCAUCAGGCUGCCUGCGCUGUCGGAUGACAAGCGGACGAUUCUCUACGAGCAGCUAGCCGACAUCUACGCACAACUCCGAAGGCUCGAAUUUUCGGCCAUUGGCCAGCUCUGCCACGAUGGCAGUGAUAGCAGUACCAUUCAUGUUACCGGCCUGCCCCCCACAAUCGACCUGAACAUCCAAGAGCUGGAGGAACUGUGGCCGUCAAGUGUUCAGCGCGAGUAUAAGGCUCCCCUUACGUCUUCUGGCCAAUACGUCUCGAUGCUGCUGAGCAUUACACAGAACGCCUUCGAGAAGAGCCCGUCGAGCGUCUGGCAGGAAGGACGGCCGAACGUCUCUCUUCUAUAUGGACCACUUCGCCGCCUUCAUCAAGGACUGCUGGCUGCUCCGGAGCGGGAUGACGGGCCAUUUGUGCUGACCCACGGCGACCUGAAUCCGCACAAUCUGCUGGUCGAUGAGAAGGGCAUGACCAUCGUCGCGCUCUUGGACUGGGAAUGGAGCCGUGUGGUGCCGCUCCAGUUGUUCAAUCCUCCUAUUUGGCUCACGGGUCUACGCCCCGAUCUCGUGUCAUAUUCUUACGCUUAUGAGCUAUACACCAAGGAACUGGACCGAUUUCGGAGCGUCUUGGGAGCCAGGGAUAUGGAGAUGUUUGGGGGCAUCCUGGCAGCCGCUGCCCUGGAGAACUGGACAGCUAUCUACUUCUUCUCGCACCGGUUCAUACACUCGUGUAUAUGCCCCGACGAUCAAAUCAACACUUUCAUGGCCAGUGAUCCGUCCCGGCAGCAAUUUGUGGAGAGAAAAGUUCGCGAUUGGAAGGCAUACCAGAACGAGUGCAGGUGUUGCGGGCUGCAUGUCGAUUCCGACGAAGAGAGUGACGAGGAAGGGGUCAACGCAAACAACGAAAACAACAACAAUAGCGAGAAAACCAUCAAGAAAAAGGGUUUGGCUGCAACUAGAUGGACCUAA